CAUUUUUAGUAGAAAAUGGUUCACAUGAUGGGUUGCCAAACAACUUGAUCACUUCUGGUCGUAUCCAACAUGGAUGACGUUGAGCUAAGCCGGCUACUGGGCCGAGUUACUUCCGCCCUUGACUGUGCUAAAGAUACUGAAAAUGACCUAUUCCGGAUGCAGACUACGUUGAUGAGUGUUUUGAAGAAAUAUGGGGACCCAGAAUACUCACUCAUUAAUGAACCUGAAGAAGACAUUGUAGAUGCCCAUGAAAGUGUAACUCGUGUAAUCGAAGAUACAGAUGAAAGUCUGAUUUCUUCCGAGAAUGAAGUAGACCAGCCAAGACUUAUUGGUCACCAAGACAAAACAGCCCGACUAGAUGACUCCGAUGAUGACGUGGAUGCUGACGGUGGUAGUUGGAGGCCCAAUAGUCUUGAAGUCUACAAAAAGAGGACCACUAAAGCAGAGGAACAAGCCAAUCCUUUUAAGAAGUAUCCUGGUCUUCUCCACAAGUUUGCGCCACAAAACAGAACGACUGAUGCAAGCUCAGCUAGAGAAACUCACGCUGAAGUAUCUGAUGAGUCGACUGAUGAAAGUUACCAGACCCCCUCUUCAUCCCACUGUGACCUUCUGUCCGCGGAUUCAAACCCUCCUGCGGCUCUCUUUGAGGAGCAAAAUGCUGUUCAAAUAGAAACUGAUCCCAGACCCACAGUAAGUGACUGUGAUACACCAGAAACACCUGUAAAUACAGGUGAUGUUGAACUGUCAGAGGUGAUAAGUCAGGCUAGCAAACUGAUGAUAGACGCCAUGAAUAUAGAACAAAGACCUGUCCCUCCACUUGCUUUCCGUAAUGCAUCAACUCCAAUAAGACACAACAGUCCUCCCAACCCCACAGAAAGGUUUCUCAGUGAUGACUUUGAACCCUUUACCCUCAUCUCACCUCAUCCAUCAACCUCCGCAAGCAAUCCCUCCGCCCGACAAGAUCUGAACCCCGGAUCUUACAAUAGAGCGGUCUCCUCCCCGGUACGGACUCAGACCACCCCUGUAGAUACACCCUACAGAGGGUACGAAACACUGCCUACUAAUCUGGAACCCGGGUGUCCGCUGUGUGGCCUGGUCUUCACACAGGAUCAUGAUUUGUCGUAUAGAAACUUCCAUGCUAAUUCGUGUCUCGAUACUUUAGGAUAGGAAUUUGGUAAAUUUUGAGAGCUGUUCAAGACUUUUUAUGACAUAGUUUAAGGUCGAUUUUUUGUUUUUUUUUGUUCGUGGUUCACGAGUAUAUUUUGCAGGUGUAAUAGUUGUAUGAAAUGGAAUUCUUAGUAAUAAUAGUAUUGUAGAAAUAGGUACAUACUUAGUCUUAUAACCUAGAAAUUGCAUAAUUAUUUGGUGUAGUUUUAAUUGUUUAUCAAUAAUGCCAUUAAAUUGAGAUGGAUGUUUUGUAUGUUUUGGUAAUACUUUAGAAAUUGCAUUGAUCGUCAUUUUGCUUUUAUGAGAAUUUUGUGGCGGGAAGAUAAACUGGUGUUAAGAAUCAAAUACUGUUAACUGUUGAUAAUUCCUGAAUUGUCAAAUCUGCAUGUCAUAACAAUAGUAUAUCAAAUUCAUUUGAUCUGGAUAAAACCAUUUUUAAUCACAAAAUUGAUAGAGUUUAAUGUUUUGAUGAGAUGUAUUUUAUGAUUUUGUUUCUAUAAUUGAAUAUGUAAAAAAUUCGUUUAAUUUUAAAAAAAGUUGUACCGAUAAAUGGAAAAAAUGACGUA